ACCUCAGAGCACAGAUUUUUCUCCUCCCGUUGUUGUCUAGUUACACCCUCCUCAGAUCCACGAAGCAAUGUGUAGGGGCUGCCACCACCCCCAGCGAGCCUCCAUGGUCCCCGGGCUCUCGCUGGAGUACAGGGACGACCCAUUCCUGAAAAAGCAGAGGGGCAUCGAGCCGGAGAUCUUCUCCUUCCAGCCAGUCGCAGUGGUCAAGCGCCGUGGGUCGAUCGGUGGCCGGUCCCCGGGAAGGCGCCGAGCUGUUAAAGUCCUCUAUCCGGCGCAGGUCAGAAAGUAUCUCCCGCCGGAAAAGAAGGACUGGGUGAAGAGGAUGUUCUUCCUGUUCCUGGCCAUUGUCCUGCUCCAGGUGUACGAAGCCACAGAGGGCAACGAGGAGCUCGCUGCUCCGGCGGCACCAGGCGACGUGACUCCGUUGUUGCCCACUAACAGAUCCGCCCUGGUACUGCCAAACCUGCCCAUAUCGGGGGCUGGAGCCAGCUCAGCCGUGGGGAUCCCACGGGUCAGAAUCGCUGGAUCAAUCGUCCAUGUGUGCAGACGGAACGGGUCGUCGCUCCACCAGGGAAUUGCCAGAGAUCUUCCCGAUCGGCGGUGCGUCGUCUUGGGCCUCCGUGAGGUCAAGAGCGGGGACGGCCUGAAAUCCAGUUCCCUUGCACGGUGAAGAGAUGCCGCCGGCCUCAGUCGCUUGGUAAAUUUGACUCGGGCUUUCCUCGGCUAAUAAAAUGAGUGUCAGCUCGGUCGCCAGGAUGCACCGCUUGCAAUUUAGAGGGGAGGUGGAGGUGUCUUUCCAGGUCUUGUCAGGACUCGGGGCUUGCAUGUCGGGGGCCCUCCCUGCAGGACUUUGCAGGCGGAAGAGGUAACUGUUGUUAAACGUCGACCACGUUUAAUUAUUCGUCAUUUAUUAGGCUACCCCGUAGCAAACCUGGGGCAGUAAAUGCCACCUAACUAUAUUAAACAUUAUCUAUUUAUCUAAUAUUUUAUUUGUGUGCUUGCUGUGCGAGCGACUUUGAUUGAUGAAACUAUAAUGUAUCUUGGAACACAAACUGUUCAGGUCUCGCUCUGAGUACCUGUUUGUAACUUCAUUCACAAAUGUUGAAACGAUAUUAACUGUAUGUUCUAUGAACAAAUGGCAAUAAACUAUUAU